CGCCGGAUCUCUACAGAGUCGUCGCGAUCGAAUCGAGAAGACCGGAAAGUACGACCGUCGGACCAUUUUACACCUCACAAAAACAGACGCUGCAGCCCCCCGAGACACAAGCGAUAGCAGCAUCCGCCGCUCGCCGGAGCUCGGGAGCCCCCCACUCCCCAUGACUCCCCGCCGUACCGAUCGGCCUCCGGCGACUCCACCGUCCCCGUGACAACCGCCGCCAUGACCGCUCCCCGAGUCUCCCCUCCGCUCGCUCUCCUCCUGGCCCUCCUCUCCGCCUCCCUCCUCCCCUUCAUCCCCACUCCCCGCCGGCCUCCCGAAACCCUGAGUCCUCCCGCCCCGGACCGCACGGGCGCCAACUACAUCGUCCGGUUCACCCGCUACGACCGCGCCGAGGAUCACCGCUCCUACCUCGAGGCGGCGGUGCGGUCCCCCGGCUGGCGGUGGAUCCCGAGGCGGAACCCGGCGUCCGAGUACCCGACCGACUUCGGGCUGGUGUCGAUCGAGGAAGGGCCGGCGAGGGAGGGCCUGAUCGGGGAGAUUGGGAGGCUAGGGCUGGUGAAGGACGUGAGCCUGGAUUUGAGCUACGGCAGAGGGCUGCUUGGAGAGAACGGCCAGAGGGUUGGGGCGUUCGUCGACGGGACGAAGCGGCCGGGCAAGAUUUUCACGUCCAUGUCGUUUAGCGAGGGCGAGGGGGAGUACUACGCCGCGAUUAGCAACUCUUCGAUAAGCUGGAGGCGGCAUCUGUUGGCGCCGAGAUCUCAAGUCACAUCCAUGUUUGGAGCCGGCACGCUUUGGGAAAAAGGUUACACUGGCAAAAAAGUUAAAAUGGCAAUAUUUGACACUGGUAUCCGGGCUGAUCAUCCGCAUUUCCGUAAUAUAAAGGAGCGCACAAAUUGGACCAAUGAGGAUACCUUGAAUGACAAUCUUGGACAUGGGACAUUUGUUGCCGGUGUCAUUGCUGGUGUAGAUGCAGAGUGCUUAGGAUUUGCACCUGAUACUGAAAUUUAUGCUUUUCGUGUGUUCACAGAUGCACAGGUAUCAUACACAUCAUGGUUUCUGGACGCAUUUAACUAUGCUAUUGCAACAAAAAUGGAUGUGCUAAAUUUGAGCAUAGGUGGACCUGAUUACCUGGAUCUCCCGUUUGUGGAGAAGGUUUGGGAAAUAACAGCAAACAACAUAAUUAUGGUUUCAGCAAUAGGAAAUGAUGGACCACUUUAUGGCACUUUGAACAACCCAGCUGAUCAGAGUGACAUUAUCGGUGUUGGUGGUAUUGAUUACAGCGACCAUAUAGCCUCAUUUUCCUCACGUGGCAUGAGUACUUGGGAGCUUCCUCAUGGUUAUGGUCGAGUAAAGCCUGAUGUCGUUGCAUACGGAAGGGAGAUCAUGGGGUCCAAGAUCAGUACUGGCUGUAAAAGCUUAUCUGGGACUAGCGUGGCAAGUCCUGUAGUUGCUGGUGUGGUAUGCUUGCUUGUUAGUGUUAUUCCUGAAAGCAAGAGAAAGGAGAUUUUAAAUCCAGCGAGCAUGAAACAAGCACUUGUGGAAGGAGCUGCAAAGCUUUCUGGUCCUAACAUGUAUGAACAGGGUGCUGGAAGAGUCGCUUUGUUAGAAUCAUAUGAAAUACUGAAAAGCUACCAACCUCGGGCAAGCAUCUUCCCCAGCGUUCUUGAUUUUUCGGAUUGUCCUUAUUCCUGGCCCUUUUGUCAUCAACCUCUCUAUGCGGGGGCAAUGCCUGUAAUUUUUAAUGCCACCAUUCUAAAUGGUAUGGGUGUAAUUGGCUAUGUUGACGGACCACCAACUUGGCAUCCUUCAGAUGAGGAAGGGAAUCUUUUAAGUAUUCAUUUUUCAUAUUCUGAAGUCAUAUGGCCCUGGACUGGGUAUCUGGCCUUGCACAUGCAGAUCAAGGAAGAAGGAGCCCAGUAUUCUGGAGAGAUAGAAGGGAAUGUAACCGUUAAGGUGUACAGUCCUCCUUCUCAAGGUGAGAAGAGUCCUCGAAGUAGCACCUGCGUUCUUCAAUUAAGACUGAAAGUGGUUCCAACUCCACCGAGAUCAAAACGUAUUCUUUGGGAUCAGUUUCACAGUAUAAAGUAUCCUCCAGGUUAUAUUCCUAGAGACUCUUUGGAUGUUCGCAACGACAUUCUCGACUGGCAUGGGGAUCACCUUCAUACAAAUUUCCACUUGGUGUUCAACAUGUUGCGUGAUUCUGGAUACUACGUAGAAACGCUUGGCUCACCUCUUACCUGCUUUGAUGCUCACCAGUAUGGAACACUUCUGUUAGUGGAUCUUGAAGAUGAAUACUUUGAAGAAGAAAUCGAGAAGCUGAAGGGUGAUGUAAUUAACUCGGGAUUGGGGUUGGCUGUGUUUGCAGACUGGUAUAAUGUGGACACGAUGGUGAAGAUGAGGUUUUUCGAUGAUAACACGAGGAGCUGGUGGACACCAGUAACUGGAGGUGCUAAUGUUCCAGCGCUGAAUGAUCUUUUAGCUCCAUUUGGAAUUGCUUUUGGAGACAAGAUAUUGAAUGGCGAUUUUUCUAUGGAUGGCGAACAGAGCCGUUAUGCAUCUGGAACUGAUAUAGUUAAGUUCCCCAGAGGUGGCUAUGUUCACAGCUUUCCUUUCCAAGAUAGUUCAGAGAGUGGGGCUACUCAAAAUGUACUUUUGUCUGCUGGGAUGACCAAGGCAGACUCCCCAAUUCUUGGCCUUGUUGAGGUUGGAGAAGGCCGGGUUGCAGUUUAUGGAGACUCCAACUGCUUGGAUAGUAGUCACAUGGUUACCAAUUGUUACUGGCUUCUGAGGAAAAUACUGGAUUUCACCAGUGGGAACAUCAGAGAUCCUAUGCUUUUCUCACCAUCAGUGAAACAGGAUAAUCCUUUGUACAUAGACGACAACCAACUGCCUUCUCGCAGAACUGAUGUUAAUUUCUCGACAUAUUCUUCUGUUGUGGGGAAGGAGUUAAUCUGCAGGAGUGACUCCAGGUUUGAAGUCUGGGGUACAAAGGGCUACAAUUUACAGGUUAGAGGAAGAAAUAGAAGACUUCCAGGCUAUCCGGUUAUCGAUUUGGGAAGGGGUCUCAAUUCCACGGCUGAGGUUUUCCCCAAGACUCGUCCCAAGUUGAGAGAGAAGGGAAAGGGCGACUCCAGUGGGAAUGGGUACUUGGGUCUAUUAUAUAGAGAUGAGCUUGAUAUGCCCGUGCUAGUUGCUAGUCAUUGGCUUGCUCCUGCGGUAAUUGCGGUUGCGGGAAUCCUCCUAUUUUUUAGUUUCUGGAGAAUUCGCCAGAAGCGACGUCGGCGAAGAAAGGGAUCUAGCUCUGUUCGGAUGGCAAAUCCGUGAUAGAAGGAUAGAAGUUUUGAUAGGGUUUCUCUUUGUAGACACACAGACGAGAUCCUACAGUGUAACAAUCAUUCAUCCCAGAGGAGAGUUCUCUCAUCGUAGGAAUUAGUUCCUCGAGAAGUACAUAGAUUUUUUUCCGCGUUGUGCAAGGCUUUUUUGGUGGCACAAAUUUUCAGGCAGUAAUGAAAUAUUUGAUGCAA